AACUUUCCCUCAGCAGCUACGGAAACUGCCCUGGUGGACUGAGAUGCACUUCACAGGCUCCUCCUUUUCUCCUUGCUUUGACUUUCCCACCUCCUGCAAGCUCUCAUCCUCUGUUGGCAUUUGCAUAUUGGCGUAGCACUUGCAAGGGAAGAAAACCUCACUUCUCUCAGGAGGGAACCAGAGUAUUAUGGGAACUGAACACUCAAAGAACGAGGGGCGAAGGAGCAUGGUUUUUCUUAGGAAAGGUCCAAAGUUGCCUGCAUGGGAAGACGCCCUUCUCUCAGGGAGAGAGCCCAAGUCACUGCUGAAACGGGGAUUGCGUUAUGUCAGCUUGAGCCUCAUAAUGAAAGGGAUGACCAACACGCCUGACUUCUUGUGGGGACUGCAUGAGGUGCAGAAGCUGAACCUUUCACGCAACCAGUUGGUGGUGAUUCCUCCUUUGCUGGGGAAACUGGACAGGCUGGUAGUGCUGAACUUGGGGGGUAAUUGUCUCAAGAAUCUGCCUAAAGAAAUCGGGCUGCUGAGGAACCUGAAGGUCUUGUUUGUCAAUAUGAAUUGCCUGACAGAAGUGCCAGCAGAGCUCAGCUUGUGCAGGAAGCUGGAGGUUCUGAGCCUCUCGCACAACCGCAUCUCACAACUGCCUUUGAGCUUCACUGACCUGACAAGUUUGAGGAAACUGAACCUCAGUAACAACCGCUUUGUGCAAAUUCCCCUCUGCAUUUUCGCACUGAGGAGCUUAGAUUUCUUGCACCUAGGGUCCAAUAGACUGGAAAACAUCGCAGAGAGUAUCCAGUAUCUGGUCAAUCUGCAAAUCUUUAUUGUGGAGAAUAACAACAUACGCAGUCUGCCACGGUCUCUUUGCUACAUCACCACUCUAGAGUUACUAAACGUUGAUUACAAUGCCAUACAGACUCUCCCUGAUGACCUCUACCUUUUGCGCCGGCUGCGCCGCAUUGCCUGGAACCCAAUGGAUAAAGGCUUCCAUGUCGCCCACAACCCCUUGUCCCGGCCCCUGCCCGAGGUUGUCGAGGGGGGCCUGGAUGCCCUCUUCAGCUACCUCAGGGAGAAAAAGGAGCGCAACUGAGCUUCUGCUGAUCUUGGGAUUAAGCCUGUCAUCAAGACUCUCUCAUCAGAGACCUUUCUGCACAGGCAUUUCCACUUCAUAACACUUGGAUUUCGAAGGCUGUGGAUGGCUUUAGUAACAGUUGGAGGAAAGCAAGUAAAGUAUGAUGGUCUUGAUUAAGUGUGUGAAGAGCAAACUUUCUAAAAAUAGCCACCUCUGUAAGCGUCAGUGUUAGUGUGUUUGGGUUUUUUUUAGAAAAGAAACACAAAAACAAACUCGUGAUAAAAUGUUUA